AUGCCGCGUUCAGACGCGAAUCGAAUGGUGGGUGUAGCACAGUAUUUUCCUCCCAACAAGCCAUUCGAAGCGGUUCAGUUCACCAACGACCAGUUUACAGAUAUAAAGACGUCGCUCGACAAGACUUUGGGCCCGGAGUAUGUGAGCUCACGUCCUGGCGGCGGUGGCACGUCUGUUGCGUAUCUCGAAGGCUGGAGAGCCCUCAAUAUUGCCAACGAGAUUUUUGGGUUCAACGGCUGGAGCUCAGCCAUCGUGGGGUACACGCUAGACUUCUGUGAUACCCUGCGAGAUGGCCGUAUUUCCAUGGGCCUAUCGGUGGUGGUUCGUGUGACUAUAAAAGAUGGUACUUACCAUGAGGACAUUGGAUAUGGGUACAUUGAUAAUGCCAAAAGCAAGGCCGCUGCGUACGAAAAGUGCAAGAAGGAAGCACUUACGGACGGCGUUAAGAGAUGUCUCCGUUGUUUUGGGAACGUGUUGGGUAAUUGUUUGUACGAUAAGGCGUUGAUGUCGAAAUUGAGAGGAAUUCCCAAGAAUACCACAGACCUAGGAGAGAAUGAUUUGUACCGAGACGACACGUUUACAAAGAUACGGGACCAGCGGCAACAUACAACAAAGGUAAAUAUCAUGCCGGGGAAAGAAAAGGCAGAGUACAAACAGAAAGUAGACCACAAGCAGACAACAGACAAAGAAGAACUGAGUGCAGGCCACAAACAGCCACCACCGACGGACCCAAAAGAGGCCACCCCCGCCACCAAGCAGGCUCCCGGCCAAGACGAAUUCGACGACUCGUUUCUCUUCAGCGACGACGCGGAAAUGAACAAAAUCGACGACUACGAAAUGGAAAUGAUCAUGAACAAAAGCGACAAAGAGAACGAGGAGCCCGACAUCGACAACACAUUCCACAAGACCAACGCACCCAAGGAUGCAGUUGCCCCUCCAAUUCCCUUCGAGGUGCCAUUAUUCGUAAGUGCCAAAAGAGCCGACCUCCUCAACACCACACCUUCAACCGACAUCCCGCAGUUCGACCCCAAGUUCGUGUCCCCCAACAUCCGCCGCACGUUGGACCCUACACGGUCAGCACCCGUGAGACGAAACGAUAUUUCUACGUCCCAGACCCCCAGUAAACCGCUUGUGCCGCUAAUGUCCACCACCACCACCCCCUCCACCAAGCGCAUGAUCGGCAUGCCACCUUCGCGAACGCCCGUUAAGCGCCUCCACAAGGAUUAG